AUGCCCAAAAAAGCAAGUAGUUUGAAAAAAUGGCGCCAAAGUAAUCGCAAAGUUAUUAUUGGACUUUGUGGAUUCUGUUUGGGCAUUUUUGGCGUGUUAUGUGGCAUGUUUUGGGAGCAAAUUUUCAACAGCAUAAUGGAAAAGGAAAUGACCCUACGACCCGACUCACAGGUCUACGACAAAUGGAAAACUCCACCAAUGGCUUUAAGUUUAGACGUUUACUUUUUUAAUUGGACAAAUCCAGAAGAUUUUAAAAAUCUCACUACGAAACCGAAUUUAGUGCAGUUGGGUCCAUAUCGAUUCACAGAGAAACAAGAUAAAGUCGAUAUAAAAUGGAAUCCGGAAAACGCUUCAGUGACAUAUAGAAAAAAGAGUGAUUUCUAUUUUGAUGAGGAGGGUAGCAAUGGAAGCUUAGAUGACACGAUAGUCACAUUGAAUGCUGUGGCGUUGUCCGCUGCCGGUAAGGCGAAACGUUGGGGCAAUGUGCGCCGCAAUUUAGUCGACGUGGGUUUGAAAUUAUAUGGUCAGGAACUGUCUAUAACUCGCACAGUCGAUGAAAUGCUCUUCACGGGCUAUAGUGAUGAUAUGUUGGAUAUGGCACGUGCCAUGCCACUAUUCGGCAAGGAUGUUGAAGUGCCAUUCGAUAAAUUUGGCUGGUUUUAUACGCGUAAUGGCAGCGCCGAUUUAACCGGUGUUUUCAAUGUUUAUACUGGCGCUGAUGACAUUUCAAAAAUCGGUCAAAUGCACCAUUGGAACUUUAAAGAGCACACUGGCUUCUUUCAAUCAACUUGUGGUUUAAUUAAUGGCUCAGCUGGUGAAUUCCAUCCACCAUAUAUGAAGGAGAAUGGUAGCGUUGCACUUUUCACGCCCGAUAUGUGUCGUACAGUGCCAUUGGAUUAUACAGAAACCGCAGAGAUUGAAGGCAUUCGUGGUUUCAAGUAUAGUGGUGGCGCGCGUUCCAUUGAUAACGGCACCCUCUAUCCCGAGAAUAGUUGUUUCUGUGGUGGUGAAUGUGUUCCUUCGGGGGUUAUGAAUAUUUCUUCGUGUCGUUUUGGUUCGCCCGUAUUCAUGUCAUAUCCACACUUCUACAAUGCUGAUCCAUACUAUGUGGAACAAGUCGAUGGCAUGACGCCGGAGCAGGAUAAGCAUGAAUUCUAUAUGGUGUUGGAACCACGCACAGGUGUUGCUUUGGAGGUAGCCGCGCGUUUUCAAGUCAAUAUGCUUGUUGAGCCGAUUAAUGGCAUAACUUUGUACGAGAAAGUGCCACGCGUCUUCUUCCCACUCAUCUGGUUCGAGCAGAAGGUACGCAUAACACCCGAACUAGCCGCCGAUUUAAAGAUGUUACCGCAAAUACUCAUAGGCGGACAAAUAUUCGCUUGCGUCUGCUUUGGCAUUGGUCUAAUAUUGCUCUGUUGGUAUCCCGUUGAAAUACUUUGCACACGUCAGAGUUCUGUCGAUCUCAAAACUAUGCCUACAACUGUUGAAAAUGGCAAGAAAACAAUGAAAUUCUCUAGUAUCGAGGAACUCAAAAGUCGACCAAUACCUAGUGUUGUUGUCAACAACAAAACGCUCGAUAGUUCACCACUAUUGGAUCGUACGAAUGGUAAGCCGGUAACGGUAGUGCCAAAAUCAGAGACAAAUGAGAGUGUUGCCACCACAACAACAGCCACAAAUUGUGGUGUCAUUAGUGACAAUGUAAAGGAAUAAUACCUUGGGUAUAAAUACGUAAUACAACUCAUUUUGGAAGCAACCAAAUUAUACGUCCUAUUGUAUGCCUUUUUUAUAGAAUGUAGUUAAGUGUUUUGUAAAUUCGGUAUAGUGUUGUAAGUACAAUUUUUGGCUUAGCAGCUGAAACUGUUAUUCCGUUUUGUAUUUAAAAAAUGCCGUUAGAAUAUUAAGUACAGUUAUAAAACAUACUAUUUACAAAUAAUAAAUGGAAUACUCCAGUUAACUAAUUGUAAUCUGUAACGUUGAGUGUAAAAGUAAAGUGAUCUGAGCAUAGCACUGCGAAAUGGUGCUAGCGCAGCAUUUUUUCUACGAGAAUCUCUCCUAGGACAAAAAGCGAUCUCUCUUUACGCUCUGCAGACCUAUGCAUGUCCCACUCAGCCUUACGAGAAACGUUCACUAUACAUAUAAAUACCUAUAUCGUAAUCUACACUUAAAAUAACAUGAACAAUAUAGAAUUUAAGUAUAUACUACUGAUAUAUCAUGACAUAAUAUAGUAUGAUAAUGUCAAAUGUUUUUUGUAAUAAUAUCAAUGGGCACUUGAUCGGCAUUAGUUGUAGUAAUAUUAGCAAGUAGUUAGUUUUUUAUACACAAAUUACACAACUUAGCAACAAAAACAAGAUGUGAUAAACCAAAUGUCCAGGAAAAAGAUGGCCUCAAUCAAAAUCAGAUAUUACUUAUCAUAAGUUUAUUAGAAUAUAUAAUAUGACACGGAGAACGCAUUGAAUAUUUCGAUCUAAGUAAUUUUGUAUUUUUAUAAAUGAUAAAAAACUAUUUUUAUACAUAAAAUUGUUCUGUUCAAAGUAAAAUGUAGUAAUAAAAUUCGUAAAAAAAUGCGGAAUGUUAACAGAAAAAAAAACAUAUAACAUGAAGACACUGCAAGAAAUUAUAUAAUUAAACAUUCCUUACUUAGUUCGAACUCUCAAUCUAUUAUAAGUAAAAUACAUGAAAUUAUAAUAAAGAAA